UUUUUUUUCAAACUUGAAGCCAAGCAAAUUCUUGGAUUGGAAUUCAUGCCUUUUCAUACCCUAUGCCUUCGUGCCUUGCGUCUUACUCCUCGAGCUGUUGGUCGUUAAGAAAAAAAGCAGAAGGGUGACCUUGGGCUGGAUUGUCUUUUUUUUUAUAUACGUUAGACUCAUAGAUCACAGUUCUGUUUUGUUGCUGCUUUCGUCACUUAUGGUUGAUCUCUUGUUUCGGUUCGAAGUCUUAAAAUGAUGCCCUCAUCAUGAACCUCCACAAUGUCAUCAGCAGCUAGGUCUUCAAUCCUAGGCCAAGGGCGUCAGGCCUGGCGAUCACUUUACGAAUUAGUCGACACAUUCAGUUCAAAAGUGUCGCCGAGGCAAAACCCAAUCAACCGUCUUGGACCGCAUCAAAGUACCUCGUUUUCCUCCAUAGCGACUCCGCGGUUGUCGAAGCCUCCGUGGUCUUUUCCGCGGGUUCCAAAGUAUUGCGGCAAUAAUGUUCGUCGCAGCUUUACCUCUAGUGGGCUGCUCUUGAUCGGACUCGCAUCACCGUGUUCGACAACUUCUGCCGUUACUGUAAAAUGUUCGGUAGCUGCGGACUCUGUUAUCCUCGGGAGCGCGGGUCAAACGGUGAACAUUGGCAGGUUGGCAAGACAGGCAUGGGUUAGAGACAUACAUACCACUACUCGGAGAAGAGUGGUAAGGGUCCAUCGAAGAACGAAAACAUCCAAGUCUAACACCGACAGUGGAAGCUCGGCGGUCUCUCAGCAGAAGAAUGGACCUUCGUCGCAAUCCGCUUUGAGUGCGAAGCCUAACACAAAGCCCGACGCAGGUCUACCCGAAGCGGAGUCUACGUCUGCGCCUGUGUCCAAAUAUUUUCAUCUACCUACAAUGCCGCACCUACCACAUCGACCCACGAAAGAGGAGUUUUUAGCUGCCGCCAAUGGCUUUUGGGAACGGUUGAAGGUUCGUUUUAAGUGGUUCUCUAUCAGAAGCAUGAGACCGUGGAAUAUAGAUGAAUGGGGUGCAUUUGUGUCCUGGUUUCUGUUUGGUCAUCUAGUCUGGAUUCUAGUCGGCACAACAACUUUCUUCUCGCUGGGUAUACUCUUUAUUAACACUGUUUUUGCGCAAGAAACUUUGGCAAAAUGGGUUGGCGAUUAUUUGACCGAGUCUGCUGGUGUAACUGUGGUUUUCGAGUCUGCCAUCGUUCCUAGGUGGAAGGACGGUGUCAUCUCCUUCAGGAAUGUAUUCGUCUCCCGAAGGCCAGGCCAAGUCAAGUCAUCUGUUAGCAAGGGAUCAUCAUCCAAUGCUGCUGCAGUUGCCGCUGCUGAAAGAGGAACCGAUAAGGAGGCCCCCGCUCCCGUUGAGGUGGAUGAUGGCAACUAUACGCAAUUUGACCUUACGUUAAACGCCGUUAAUGUCACGCUCUCGUUCGUCAAGUGGUGGAAUGGUAGGGGUCUACUUAAAGAUGUUGAGAUCAAAGGUGUUCGAGGAGUUGUGGAUAGGACCUCAGUGAGGUGGUCCGACGAGCCUGCUGAUCCCUUAUCAUACCGCCAUGAGCACAAUCCUGGCGAUUUUGAAAUCGACUCAUUCAAACUAGAGGACUUACUCCUCACUAUUCACCAACCGGGCGGGUUUCGACCUUUCCCUGUGAGUAUCUACUCCUGCGAACUUCCUCAGUUGAGGAAACAGUUCUUGUUUUACGACUUUUUAGCCGCCACCCAUAUGUCUGGAUCAUAUGAUGGCUCGCUCUUUACGAUACAUCCUCGCCAGAUCCACGGCGUUCCUGCUGGCCGCGAGCACAUGUCAUCCGAUCCAUUAGGGGAGCCAGAUGUCUGGAAAAAGUAUAGCCGCAUCCGGAUAGACGGACUGAAGAUUGAUCAUCUCAACCGGGGAGUCGAAGGUCCUUUUGGAUGGAUUUACGAAGGCAAUGUUGAUAUUGUUGCCGACAUAAGAUUCCCAGCCGAUGACGACGACGGCAUCACAAAAGUGAUGUCUGAAUUUUACGACCGCCUCGAGGAAGCAGUUACGUCAAACCGCUACAUUCGCAUUCUUGAUCUUGACAAGCCCCGUCGACAGGAAGAGGUUAUUUUUAACGCCCCGAGUCACUUACAUUCUAACGAGGAAGCAAACGAGGUUAAUGGUACUACCACACCUAUUAGCCCCCCACCUAACAGUAGCCCAACCCAAACGCAAUCUACCCCAUUAACCUCGUCGGCUUCCGACGAAGAACCCCCGCGAUACGUUGUCAUAGAUCUACGUAUCCACUUAAACGACGUGAAGGCCACCGUCCCCGUCUUCACGUCCAACCUAUCGUACGUAAACCAAGCGCUAGUGCGGCCCAUCGUGGCAUACAUCAACGCGAAGCGCACGUACAUCCCCAUCAACUGCCGUAUUGUCAAGCGUGUCUCCGACUUCGAUGGUGCCUGGACUAUCUACGACUGCGGGCUCAUGGAUGAUGCCUCCGCCGAGAUGUAUACCGCCUUCGCCCGCGACGUCGAGGACCAGCAGAGCCGCGUCCGCCGCCUCAAGAAGGUCGGCUUCUGGACCCUAAGUCUCGCCGUUCACGCCCUCUUCAUGGGCAUGGCCGGAAACGUCAUAUAAAUAAGACGCCGGGAUAGCUCCUCUUCUCUCUCUCCUUUACCCCUAUGUACAUAAAACGGCUAUGAAAUGGAUUAUGUGACAAACGGGAAUAUGUAUGUAUGGGAAGAUAGGGGAAAAUGGGGGUUCGCGUAUGACUUAUAUUCGGAGGGUUAGGGCAUAUCAUUUAUCUACCUACGCAGGUAUGGAGUUAUCAUGGCGUCUGGCGUCUGGAGUAGUUACGGCUUUAUCCGCGGAUCCCAUUCUUGUUUGGAUCGUCCUUGAGAGUCGGAAAUACCCCACUUAAGUAGUAGAAGUAA